AUGAUUUUCCGGUCUCAUUUUCAACUGCAUUCUCAAACCCGCUUUCGCUUCCUCUCUAUUUCUUCCCCAUUUCUUCAUAAUUUUAGUCCCAUCCCCAAUUUUCCCACUACACCACGCUUUCGCCAACCCACCACCCUCAUCGCUCGACACUCCUUUUCCAUCCCCAAUUCGGGCUCCAUAACAGCCAAACCGUCGUCCGAGCUUCGGAAUAAGCGCAAAAACUCUGAACCCGAUGACAAGCUUAGACGCAUCCGAGAACUCUUCUCAAGGCCCAAUAUCAAUAUCGAUGCUUACAUAAUCCCUUCACAAGACGCCCAUCAGAGUGAAUUUAUUGCUGAUUGUUAUGCAAGGAGAGAAUAUAUAUCAGGUUUUACUGGUAGUGCUGGCACUGCUGUUAUCACAAAAGAUAAAGCUGCUCUUUGGACAGAUGGUCGGUACUUUCUCCAGGCAGAACAGCAGUUGAACUCCAGUUGGAUUCUCAUGCGAGCAGGUAAUUUGGGAGUGCCUACCACAAGUGAGUGGCUUAAUGGUGUCUUAACUCCUGGUUCCAGAAUUGGCAUUGAUCCUUUUCUUUUUUCUUUCGAUGCCUCAGAAGAACUGAAAGAGGCCAUAUCUAAAAAGAAUCAUGAAUUGGUCUACUUGUAUGAUAUUAAUCUUGUGGAUGAAAUAUGGAAAGAAGCCAGGCCGAAGCCUCCCAACAAACCUAUCAGAGUGCAUGACCUAAAAUACGCUGGUGUAGAUGUGUCAUCCAAGCUGUCUUCCUUGAGGUCUGAAUUAACUGAUGCCGGUUCAUCUGCGAUUGUUAUCUCGAUGUUGGAUGAGAUUGCGUGGCUAUUGAACUUGAGAGGUAACGAUGUGCCACAUUCACCGGUCAUGUAUGCUUACUUAAUCGUGGAAACUGAUGGAUCUAAGUUAUUUAUUGAUGAUGCCAAAAUUACCCCAGAAGUGACGACUCAUUUGAAGAAUGCAAGAAUAGAGUUGAGACCAUAUGAAUCGAUUCUCUCUGAAAUUGAAAGUUUGGCUGCUAAAGGGGCAUGCCUGUGGUUGGACACAUCAUCUGUUAGUGCUGCUAUCGUGAAUACUUAUAAAUCUGCCUGCAAUAAGUUCGCGGGCGGUAUUGCAAGUUUAAUAAACAAAAACAAGAGGACAAUGAAUGGUGAACCGUGGGAACCCUCUGCAUUAAAUAAGAGCUCACCUGUUUGUCUGGCUAAGGCUGUAAAGAAUGAGGCAGAACUACAAGGGAUGUGUAAUUCUCAUCUAAGGGAUGCAGCUGCUCUAGCACACUUCUGGGCUUGGCUGGAGGAUGAAAUUAGCAAUGGCGUAGUUUUGACUGAGGUAGACGUCGCAGACAAGCUUCUUGAAUUUCGUUCUGCACAAGAAGGUUUUGUUGACACAAGUUUUGAUACUAUAAGUGGUUCAGGUGCAAAUGGUGCAAUCAUACAUUAUAGACCAGAUCCAAAUAGAUGUAGCACUGUGGAUACUGAGAAACUCUUCUUACUAGACAGUGGAGCUCAAUAUAUUGAUGGAACAACUGACAUUACCCGGACAGUUCAUUUUGGCAAACCCUCUUCACGGCAAAAAGAAUGUUUCACUCGGGUUCUACAGGUUGCCAAAUCUAGGGUAAGGAUGAUUCCAUGUUCGGAUGGUUGA